GAGCAUGAGGCGACCAUUCAGUCUUGUUUUUGAGCCCACUAAUUCAAUGAGAUCACAAACAUUAGUGUUUUCCUGCAGUAUUGUGACAUCCCCUUGUUGAUUUUAUUAUAUAGAUCAACAACGUGCUUGAUCACUGAGCCUCCUCUGGGACCAAGAAUUCUAGAGAGAGCCUGAGUGAGGUGAGGCUUCUGUUUGUCAAACACACAGAGCAUGACAUCAGUCAGUGUGUGAAGCUGAUUAAGCACCAGCUCAAUGCUCCAGCUAAUGUGCUCUCUUAGCCCUGUAUAACCUGACAUGCCUUCAGCAAUAGCAACGACACUGACAUUGCUGUUUGCUUCUCGAAGGGAUUGUCGACUGCCUGCAGAAGCGAAAUGCAUGUGUGAUAUGGAAAACUUCUUGGACUACUGCAUUGAAAGAAAGCAAAUCCCUUGGAAAAAGAAGCAUUUUCUCCUUCGUUUUAUCUGAAGAUCUGGAAAACAGGUUAAGCAAGGGGAUUUUGUCUCAAGUCCACGUCUUCAAAGGUCUCGAACUUAAACUGCAAAGAUGUCUGAUGAACGUCACGACAGUACCAGCAGCUUGCAAAGGAAGAAACCACCUUGGCUCAAGUUGGACAUCCCUGCCUUCCAGCCCCCAGUGGAGGAGCCCAGCUUUAAUACGGGCCAGCCUUCAAGACACCAACCAUACUUGCGAAGUAUCAGCAUGCCACCAGAAAACACGAGGAUAUCCUCGCCACCAAACGAACACAGGCGGACUGCAUUUCAAAGACAGACCUCCAUAACACAGACCAUCAAAAGAGGCACAGCUGACUGGUUUGGAGUUAGCAAGGAUAAUGAUACCACUCAAAAAUGGCAGAGGAAGAGCCUUCGCCACUGCAGCCAGAGGUACGGCAAGCUUAAAUCUCACGUGAUCCGUGAAAUGGAAUUGCCCAGCCAAGACAACAUCUCGCUGACCAGCACUGAAACCCCUCCUCCACUUUACGUGGGGCCACAGUUUGGCAUGCAGAAGAUUGUAGACCCGUUAGCCAGAGGAAGGGCAUUUCGGAUGACUGAUGAUGGUGAUGGCUACAGUGUUCCGCAUACCCCGAUCACUCCUGGUGCUGCGUCUCUGUGCUCCUUCACCAGUUCCCGUUCCGGAUACAACCGUAUUCCGAAACGGAGGAAGAGAGAGUCUGUGGCUAAGAUGAGUUUCAGGGCAGCAGCGGCCCUGGUAAAGGGGCGCUCCCUCAGGGAAAGUGCAACUCGGCGGGCUCAGAGACGCAGCUUUACGCCCGCCAGCUAUCUGGAGGAGGACACAGUGGAUUUCCCUGAUGAGCUGGACACCUCCUUCUUCGCCAGGGAAGGAGUCCUACCUGAAGAGUUGUCCACCUAUCCCGAUGAGGUGUUUGAACCAGCAGAAGUUGUAAAGGAGGCAGAGGCCAAGUCUCUCGAUCAGACUGACCUGACUGGCAGUGCCUUGGACAAAAGCGAACUCGAAAGGAGCCAUCUAAUGCUUCCGUUGGAGCGGGGCUGGAGGAAGCAGAAGGAAGGAGCACCCGCGCAGCCCAAGGUGCGAUUACGGCAGGAGGUGGUCAGUGUGAGUGGCCAAAGGAGAGGCCAGCGCAUUGCUAUACCUGUAAAGAAGCUACUUGCCAAGGAGAAAAGACCAUAUGGCCUGGGAAUGGUGGGGAAGCUGACAAAUCGAACGUAUCGCAAGCGGAUAGAUAGCUAUGUGAAGAAACAAAUAGACAAUAUGGAUGAUCAUCGGCCUUUUUUCACCUACUGGAUUACAUUUGUGCAUAUAUUGAUUACUAUCCUAGCUGUGUGUAUCUAUGGAAUUGCUCCAAUAGGAUUUUCUCAACAUGAAACUGUAGAUUCAAUUUUAAGAAAUAAAGGUGUCUAUGAAAAUGUUAAAUUUGUGCAGCAAGAAAAUUUCUGGAUUGGACCAAACUCUGAAGCCUUAAUUCAUCUUGGAGCAAAGUUCUCGCCUUGUAUGAGGCAAGACCAGCAAGUUCACGAACUGAUAGCACAGAAAAGACAAGAAGAAAAUAAAUCAGCUUGCUGCGUACGAAACGACAAGUCAGGGUGUGUGCAAACCUCGGAGAAAGAGUGCUCGUCGACUCUUGCCGUCUGGGUAAAGUGGCCAAUGCACAAGAGUGUACCAUUACUGGCUAACAAAAGUUAUCGGAACUAUGGAUCAGUCUGCCAUCAGGAUCCAAGGUUUUGUAUCGAGCCUGGCUCUGUUCCUCCUCAUGAAUGGCCUGAUGACAUUACCAAAUGGCCGAUUUGCACUAAAAGUACAGCUGGAAACCACACCAACCUUCCACACCUGGACUGUGUGAUCACAGGCCGACCCUGCUGUAUUGGCACCAAAGGGAGAUGUGAGAUAACAUCAAGAGAAUACUGUGAGUUUAUGAAAGGUUACUUCCAUGAAGAAGCAACACUGUGUUCUCAGGUGCACUGCAUGGAUGAUGUGUGUGGUCUGCUGCCAUUCCUCAAUCCGGAAAUUCCUGAUCAGUUUUACAGGCUCUGGCUUUCACUCUUUCUGCAUGCGGGGAUUCUUCACUGUAUUGUGUCCAUCUGCUUCCAAAUGACAAUCCUUAGGGACCUUGAAAAACUAGCAGGCUGGCUUCGGAUUUCUAUCAUUUACAUCCUGAGCGGAAUCACCGGAAAUCUGGCUAGUGCCAUAUUCUUGCCUUACCGAGCAGAGGUGGGACCAGCAGGCUCUCAGUUCGGGAUUCUCGCCUGCCUCUUUGUGGAGCUCUUCCAGAGUUGGCAGAUUCUAGCGAGGCCUUGGAGGGCUUUUGUCAAACUGGUGGCCCUCGUCUUCUUCCUUUUUGCCUUUGGCCUGCUCCCGUGGAUCGACAAUUUUGCUCACAUUUCUGGCUUCGUUAGCGGGUUCUUCCUGUCCUUUGCAUUCCUCCCAUACAUCAGCUUCGGGAGAUUUGACUUGUACCGCAAGCGAUGUCAGAUUAUGAUCUUCCUUGUUACCUUUGUUGGACUUUUCGCUGGGCUGGUAGUUCUGUUCUACGUCUACCCAAUAACUUGUGAAUGGUGUGAAUACCUGACUUGUAUUCCCUUCACUGAUAAAUUCUGUGAAAAAUAUGACCUCAACGCACACCUACAUUAAAUGGGCUACGCAGACUGAAAGAGACAUCAAGCAAUGUUACACACUUGGUUGUCAGUAUUUACAUCAUGGGGACACUAAGAAGAAUUUUACUUGACCAAAAUGUUGGUGAUAUACAAGUUAUCAUUCAGAUACUCGGCUGGUACUGUCAUUUUUUUUUAAAUUCAGAAUUAACAUUUAGCACUCGAUGCCCCACGUGCAUCUCUGUGGACUGCGAACACCAUCUCUAAAUUUGACCGACGUGCCUUCCCCAUUAUUUUUGACCCAACAUUUUGUGCUGCCAAUUUUGUAUUACACUAGUUUUAGCACUAAGUCAAAACUUGUAUUGUUUACUGCUGCUAAAGUGGUGAUAAAAUUCCAGGUAGUGUUUUAGCUACCGUUUGACUGGACUGCAGCUUUGCAGAAUACAUGACAGAAGCCUUAUUGUGUCGUGAGUUUAAAUUUUUGAUGUUGUCACUGUUCUUUCCCUUCAGCUGUUUCUUUUUAUAAAUAGUAUAAUCACAACUGAUGAGACCCCCAUGGAUAGAAGUUUGCCUUUAAAUUUGUUUAUAAUUGACGACGAUAUUUCAGGAAAGUCUAAGUCCCGUCACCCUACAUGCACUCUGAAGUUUUUUUUUUGAUUUUGAAAAUUUGUUUUUUUAGUUGUCAUUGUUUCACUGGGUUCAGGUAGGUAUACAAUGGGCAUGAAACUACAGAGCUGGGUGGAUCUGGAUCCAAUUAGCACUCAUGUCCAAUCACAGAAUAACAGAACUAAAGAUUAAGAUCCUGCUCAAAACAGAAUUUCACUAUUAUUUUCCAAUUCAUUGCAUGAUGUAUUUUGAGGAAAUACAUUUUCAGAAAACAACAGAACUGGAUCUGUGAUUGAAGUUGGCAAUUUAUAAACACUAACAUUGUUUCUGACAACAAUAAAGGUUCGUUGGCUGUA